GUAAAUCCUUACUGUGGAUUAGAAAUUAAAGAUAAAUUGGUCUGCUCUCGACUAAUCACAAUGAAGUAAUUUGUCUUGGAGUGAUAUUUUUACCCCUCUCAAGUGAAAAGUCUACUUUCCUCACAAAUAUUCAAGACACUACCUGAUUGACGAAGCUCGGAAGCUCUCGUCAACAGGGAUGUGUUAAUAUAAACCGAUAUGGCCCAGCAGUUACAAAAAUAACUCAAAGAAAGCUUUGAGCUGAGCCCUCCAAUAGUCCGGCUGUACCAUAAAAAAGUAAGACAUAACUGUAAACAAUUGCUUUGUCAAAUUAGGUCCUACGGCGAAAGAGUGACAUCGUGACUGUUUGGUAUCUAUAAGUCACGUUAAUCUAAAAAUAUAUAUAAUUUAUUAAUUAAAAUAAUAAAUUAAAACGACUUCUAUAUCAUGUCAUGCGCCUAUCUUGUUGUGUAACACAAGUACACGAAAUAGACGGGUGUCUCACACUUCCGGCUUUUAUACACUCGUCAGUAGCCUGCAGUAACGCUCCGUGGCAGAUCAGUCAAUGCCAGCGUUGUCUUAGGUGAUUGAGAGUCGGGAUUCAUCUGCAUGGACCACAAAAUGGCGAACUCUACCUGUAGUUUGGGUAUGGCUGUCUCACAGAUCUUCCAUUUCGAGCAGCAAUGCCUCCACUCUCUCAUUUACAAGUGUUACGGUCACAGUUGAAAAUCUAAAACCUCACUGACUGCAUCUCCAUUUCUCAUUUCUCAUUCUCCAUUUUCAUACGAAUUAAUAUAAUGAGUUAUUUUUCCGGAACAAUAGUUUUUCUCUGAAUUUUGUGUAAUAAAGCUAGCUUUUGUAACGGUAAUAAUUCUUGGAAUUGGUCACGAGCUCAGAACCAGAGAAUGGUGGAAGAAAGGCCGGAAGUCUUUGUCUCGUCAUUGCGUGACCGAUUGGAUUUCCGAGAAGGAAAAGGUUGGAAGGACAUGUUUGUGCAGUCGUAGACUACGAAAACUUCGCUCUAUCAUUGUAAAGCUCCAGAGUUCGAAUUCUAGAGAAAUGGACAGUUCUACGAGGCUAAUGAAAUUUCAUCUGUUCAACUGUGAUAACACGUACAAGUUAGAUUCAGUCGAAAAUUUGCUACGUAAUAUGGAAAGCAAUUAUGACUUCAAGAUUCUGGUUGAAAAGCGUUAUUUUCGCCUCCAGCAAACUUCAGAGAUGUGUGAAACCACCAUACCCAAGCUGCAAAUGGAUUUCGCCAUUUUUGUCGUUCACGCACACGAAUCUCGGCUGCCCAUCAACGAGGACAACGCUGGAUUUGGUUACGCGAGAUUCUACAGAGCAUUGCUGCAAACCACAGGUGGCAGAGUUUUGAUAGUGAUUGGUGGAGACGAUCAAUACAAAGAUGAAGACGAAGAAGAACGUACUGUGAUCUCGCGUCAGUCGAUCAGUCGAUCCGUCAGUCAGUCAUUCAUUUAUUCAGUCAGUCGAUCUUUCGGAUCGUCAGUCAUUCAUUUAUUCUUUCAGUCAGUUUGUCAGUCGAUCUGUCAGUCAUUCAGUCAGUCAGUCGGUCAGUCAGUCAGUUAGUCAGUCAGUCAAUCGAUUCCUCUAUUAGUCAUUCAGUCGUUAGUUCCUAAUUUGUUUACUUAUUGUUUCGUCCAUUCAUUUAUUCAUUCAUUCAUUCAUUCAUUCAUUCAUAAAGUCUUUUUAGUCAGUUUGUCCUUCAUUCCUCCCCCUCCCUUCCUCUUCAGCUUCCCUGUCUUCCUGUUUUCCCUCCCCCCUCCUCCCUGCCCCGACUCAUUACGUUUACUGACCUUUAUUUCUUUACAUUUUUAUGACAUAGCCUCUGCACUCAGAUGACAGAGAAAACGGCAGCCGUCAACGAAGACCAAACGAUAAAAAAAGUGAGUUCCCAGUUGACCUGGACAAACCCAGUUAUGGAGGUGAAAUUAGGCUCGGGAAAUUUUGGGUUAUUCCUGUCUGGCUAUGCUAUCAAACCAUUUUUGAUGCAUGGCUGCAGUUUCUGCUACUGUAGUAGGGAAUUAAAGUCUAUAUUUCCCAGGAAUAUAAUAGCUUUCGGACGGAUUGUGCUCAGAUUCGGAGGAGAGAGGUUAUAAUUAUAGUUGUCCGAAAUCUCAAACUUCCCGCUAUCUGAACUCAAAUCAUUUUCGCUUGGAUAUGAUUUUUCAGUCAUUUACUAUCAGCUAUCUCAACCCCCCGCGAACUAUUUUUUUGUUUCCCUUGCAAGUUACAGACAGUGGGAUUCAACCGUUAAUUACCAGCAAGAUGAAGGUCUUGGCUCACGGAGCGAUAUCACGCGCGCGGCGGAGAGGAGAAUAGAGAGUAGUCAAGUAGUAUCUGCAUAUCACGGGUGCCCUGCUUGACAGCGCAGCUAAGCCAAAGUAAAUUACUCAUGCGCCAAAUCCCGCCAUGUACGCGGACGACACUAGACUCCUCCAAUCAGUGGGAUCAACCUAACCUUUAAAUACCGAAUACUGAUUUUGCAACGUUUCCAUCAAACUUGCAGCGCGCAUAUCUAGGAAAGCCCAGUUCAGAGGGGAAUACUUCAACCUAGGCUGCUCUGUUUAGGCAAUACCUGACAUGAAACCCGUUGAAAUUUUAUUGAGCUUUAGACCCUGCAUCUUAUCCAUUCACCUUUUUUAAUUUUAGCUGUUGUUAGUUGUUUGGGUAAACGUGGGUCGUCUGUUUCAAUUUCGUCGUCUCACGGCCCACAGACCACCUUCCUUGUUGUGCACCUCAAUUCCUACGUCCCUAGCUCCACGCGCUCUACGUCCUACUACAUUUUACAUUUUAUUUUCGUAAUGGGUUGACUAGCAAGUAUGGUUCGUCAGUUCCCUUCUAGUCUUCCUCACUGCCUUGUUAUGUACUAAGAUUUAUUUUUUAUUGAUGCGUUAUUACAAUUAUUAUUAAUAAUAUAUAGAUUUAGGCCAGCCUAAAAGCGUAGCUCCUGGGCCGCGUUGUUCAGAGUCAAAUAACCCAGGAGAAAG